AUGUUAACGUUUCUUUUAUUACUGGUCACCGCCGGUGGCGUCAUCUAUGUCUGGUUGAAUCAGCACUACACGUACUGGCGCCGACGCGGCGUGCCGGGGGAGCGACCUGUUUUCCUGUUGGGUAACAUGCGCGGAUUUGCGCAAAGGUUUCACUGGAUGGACAUCAAUUGGCGCAUUUAUGACAAGUUUAGGGGCCGGGAACGAUUUUGCGGCUUUUAUACGUUCCUUAGCAAGGCGUUAUUUGUGCUCGACCUGGAACUGAUCAAGCGGAUCAUGAUCAGCGAUUUUAACAGCUUUGCGGAUCGAGGACUCUUUCACAAUGUGCGCGAUGACCCACUGACUGGGAAUUUGCUGUUUCUAGACGGCGAGCAGUGGCGCUGGCUACGCCAACACCUGACGCCGGUGUUUAGCUCCGGUAAGAUGAAGUAUAUGUUUCCCACAAUGGUUCAAGUGGGCGAGCAGCUGGCGUUGAGCGCGGAGCAGCAACUGGGCGAAUUCGAGGCGAAGGAUCUGUGCGCUCGCUUCACCACGGACGUCAUUGGCAGCUGCGCCUUUGGUCUGGAGUGCAACAGUCUUGCCAAUCCGGGAUCGGAAUUCCGUGAAAUGGGCCGCUCGAUAACGGAACGCCCGCUGCAUCAAGGCAUUGUACAGGCCUUUAUGUUCGCCCAGCCACAGCUGGCAAGGAAAUUGCGCCUGCGUCUCUUUCGGCCGGAGGUGAGUCAGUUCUUCAUGGACACUGUGCGUCAGACACUGGAGUACAGAAAACGCGAGCACGUCAAGCGCAAUGAUCUCAUCCAGCUGCUCAUCGAGCUGGGUGAGCAUACGGACGAAACGAAGGCAGCGUUGAGCUUCGAGCAGAUUGCCGCACAGGCCAUGGUCUUCUUUCUGGCUGGCUUUGACACCUCCUCCACGACCAUGUCCUUUUGCCUAUACGAGCUGGCGCUCAACCCUGCUGUACAACAGCAGCUGCGCCAGGAAAUCCAAAGCACCUUGAAGCGUCACAAGCAACAGCUGGGCUACGAGUGCCUGCAGGAGAUGACCUACCUUAACCAGGUGGUGGCAGAAACGCUGCGCAAAUAUCCCGUGCUGCCGCACCUGGUGCGGCGCACAACCAAUGCAUACAACGUGCCGGAGAGCAGCCUAAUCCUGGAGCCGGGCACGCGUGUUAUGAUACCCGUGCAUAGUAUACACCACGAUCCAGAUAUAUAUCCCGAGCCAGAAAGUUUUGAUCCCGCACGCUUCGAGCCCGAAGCGAUCCAAUCGCGUCACCCAUUUGCCUAUCUUCCGUUCGGAAAUGGACCACGCGCCUGCAUAGGUGAGAGAUUUGGCCUGAUGCAGGUGAAGAUUGGCAUUGUUACACUCUUGCGCCAUUAUCAGUUUCGGAGCACACAGAGAACUCAGAUUCCUCUGAAAUUUAGCAAAAAAAAUUUUCUUAUCGCUACGGAGUCUGGAGUUCACCUUCAAAUGGAGCGACUUGAUAUCGACUUACCAUAA